AUGCGGAUUCUCGACCCUCAAAAUGCAGUCCUCACCAACAUCGAGGUUCUGGCCUACUUAACAGCCAACCCGCCCCGCCGCUCUCCCGAUCCGCCGCAGAAUGCUGAUCGAUGGGUACCCAGCCCAGAUUUGAGAGACCACAACACAGUGGUUAAAGAGAUCCACAACUAUGUAUCCAGAAUCUCCCCCCACCUUUUAAAAUACCCCCGCUACAUCCCUCGCCCCUCCUCGUCGCAAUCAGCUUCUGCAUUUGGAACAAUGCGCCCCCCAGCACAGAACUCCUCGGAUAACAACGACCUCACAAACCCCACCGCACCACCCCGGGACCCCUCCUCAGAGACAACGCCUAUGGAUCUUGCCCUCCGUGACUUGAUCACACAGCUCAAGCCGUACGGUCUUACCAAGGCUGAAGUAGUAAUGAUUCUGAACCUGGGUGUUGGCGUGAGUUCCUCCGGAGGAGAAAAUGGUGAAGAGGUCAAUGGAGAUGGGGAGAUGGAUGUGGACGAGGAUGGGAAUGCUGUUAAUGAGGAGGAGGAGGAGGAUUUCGGCGCGAUGGCGCUUUUUGAAUCUGUUGUUGAGGAGCGGGAGACGCGGAUAUCGGAUGAAGAUGUGCAAGUUGUGCUGGGGAUUAUUCGGAAUGUUCUCAAUGAGCAUUAUGGGAGCUAG